GGUCAUGUGUCAGUACACCAGCGCUUGGCUUAGAUGCAAAGGGAGGAAGAAAACCCCAAGUCUUAUUUCUGACCGGGCAUUCAAUACCGAGUGACUGCUAUCUUCCAGGCAUUUCUAUAAGCCUUAAGGUUUCUACGUUUGGUGUCCACCUGUCUUUUGGCUACCCAGAGUUCCAACCUGACGUGGGAUCUGGCUGCAGCUGGCCAUGUUCCUGCAACAGAGCUGGGAAAUGCAUCUGGCUACUAUUGGACGUAGGUUAUAGCAAUAUAUGUGACUACAUUUCUACGUUGCUUUCUAUAACUUCAACAUCAUUCUACCUGCGAGAUUAAUGUUCAGUGCUGUGGAAAGGAUUUUGACAAUUACACUUGGACUUUUAGCAUGGGUUUGGUGUUGAACACUUUUCUUUACUGAGCUGCAUCUCAGACCCAGUGCUGAGAAGAACGCUGCACCCUAUGGAGGAGCUGAAGACUGGAGAAGUGUCUGGUGCAGACAGUCUCACCCUGGCACCUGCCACCAUGCCAGCAGCCGACUCAUCACGGGGACCAGGACGUCACAGUCACCAUAGAGACAGCAGCGAGGAUUCAGUUUCAAAAGGUGAAGAGAAGCUGGGAAUUAGAAAGCAGGAAGUGUUUUUAGCCACAGAUCUAAGAAAGGACAGGCUGGCAUGGAGAAAGAGUGAGUCCUCUCCCCUGGACCGUGAUCUCUCUUUUGUGACCUCUCAAUGCAAAUUAUUUGGGAUUGUGCCCAUUUCAUCAUCUCAUAUGAAAGUGUGGAGCUCAUUCAUUUUCAGCUGCCUGGUGAUGAACAACUACACUGGUUAUAAGUUCCAGCAGAAGGCUCUGAAGCAAACUAAGCAGAAGAAAUCCAAGUCGGCUGAAUUUCUGAUGGUAAAAGAAGAGAGAGCAGCAGCAGAAGGCAUUGAAAAUCCAGCUUUUAACAUCAGCAGCACAGAUCUUUCAGCAUAUCAGACUUCAGAGGAGGAAGUUAUUAGACAUGACAAGCUGCAUAGCACCCUUGCAGCUCACCAACAAAAACUCAGGCUGCAAGCCCAUGCUGAACCAAGAGGAAAUGAGUACAGCAGAAAUUACUUUGACCUGCUGAUGGAUGAGGAAAUAAACCCAAGGCAGUGUGGGAUGGAGGUCAGUGAAGAAGAUCCUGUGAAAUCUGAGGAGCAAAUCCUAUAUGGUAAACUGAUGAAGCUUCUAGAUGAGGCAAGCAAGAUAAUGGACUCCCAAGCAGCCCCUGUCUCCAGUGAAGAUUCUUCAGACUCUGUGAUGCCUGUCAGCUUCAGUAAGACAUGUGACCUUCACAGGGAGCUUGAAGAUGAAGUGAUUCCUUCAUAUAUUGAACAGUUCGAGAGAGAUGUUCAAGAUGACAUAAUUAUGUUUGGCAGCUUUUCACUGGAACAGGACUCAAAGGACCACAAGGAAGCCUCUCACCACAACAAACAAAAGUUGCAAGCCAGGAUUCAUAAACUCUUUCAAAGAGCAGGAAGCCAGCUGUUGGCAGCAGAGGUGAAUGGAUGUGGAGAAGUUCCAGGCAGCUCUGGUAACCUUGCAGGCAUGAGUACUGGAUUAAAAGGAGCAGCAGAACUUUGUGCAAAGGUUGACUGCUCCAAGACACCACAGCCGAUAGAAAUUCACAUCAAGUGCCUGAGGGGGGUCAAAGAUAAGGUCCCCAAAGGCCGUUAUACGCUGAAACUUUCUGUUCUCAGCUGCCUUGGUGGUGGCUUACUGCAGUGGCCCAACCAGAAGGAGGAGCCUUGGGCCAGAACCACUUUACCUGUUAGCCAUGAUGGAAACUUCUACAACACUGAAAUGUACUUCGGACAAAGUAUCCAGACGGAGGAUCUCUUCCAUCAUCUUCCCAGUCAUGGAUAUGAGGGUCACUGGCCUGUGGUGUUCCAGGUCUUCAUUCCUCCCUUUCUUAAAAAUGUUCUACCACCUAGAAAGGCUGUGAAGCCAGGCAUGGUGGUGCUCUUUGAACUAUUCCUUCUUCGUGGAACCUGUACUUGGAUUGACCAAGAAGUGGGAUGGGGAGUUUUUCCCUUAUGUGACAACAAUUUUAAUACUUCGGAGGGAAAGUUUAAAUGUCCUUUCCUCAGAGGCCAUUACAAUUCUAAAGUUGACCGAUUCAAAAAAAUUGAAAAUUUAAUUUCUCAAGAUUUGGACCAUUGGUUGUGCAAUCUCUACUUUCAGAUAAUUAAACUGCCACCAGAUUCAGAUAAGCAAAAUGAGUGUGAUAUGCAUCUUCAUCUCCCACCUGAAUUUCUCGUGUGUUCAAGCACUGCUGAAAAGAAUAGUGCUUCAGAGAAGGUUAAACGGCCUGGACCACAAGGGCAACCUCUGACCUCCACGAAAGAUCCUGACACCCAUAAGGGAAGUAUUCCCACUGUUGUAAAGGAAGUGGAAAAGCAGUUUAAUGCUGCAAAAGGAGGAGAAGCGUGUGUGCCAGAAGAAGCUGGGAGGAAAAGAGAAGAGCUUAAAAUGCUUCCAGCAGAGAAUGAUUUUUACCAGGAUUGCUGUGGCUAUACAGAUGAGCACUGUGGCUUGUUUCAGCUGAAGGAUGACCAAGGAGCGCACCACAAGUUCAACUGGAAUAACCUACCUGAAGAACACUAUCGAGAAAAAUCAAGUGCUGUGAACACCACAAGCCUAGAGGAAGGUAAAGCAUCUUCAGGGAGCAAUUUUUACUGGGAGGAGUUAGAGAAAUAUACUUUUUCUGUGUGCCGCUGCUCUGCUGUCAAGGUGAAGUUGUUCAGAAGGGUUGCUGAGCAUUUCCAUUUUGGGGUAUACGCAGCCUUCUCAGAACUGGGAGCUGCACACUGGCGUUCCUGGGACUUCUGGUUGCUUACGCUGCUGCUGGUGUUGCUUUGGUUCUUGAGACUCUACCUGCAUUACUGUAGCCAGUGGCUCUUCCUUCAGACCAUCUCAGUUCCUGUUACGAAAUUCAAGCUUUUCCCUCACACUGUUGAACUGUGCUACCAGAACUCCUUACUACAGACCAGUGAAGAGUUGGUCAUGGUUGUGGUGGGACCCCUAACCUUGAACGCCGGAUUGCUUCUUAUGGUCCUGAUCAGAUGGGUCUGUCAGCAGCGAUUUGACUCAUUCCCUUCCUUCUUGUCAAAGUUUAUCAUAGCUCUGGGGCUCUGGACAGUGCUGGACCCCUUGGCAGUGUUUAUAGUGGAUUCAUUCCUGGGGCGUUUGGAGUACAGUGUGGAGAAACCCAUUGCUGAUGCUGCAAAGCUCUACUGGGUGUUUCUAAGAUCAGAGGAAUCAGGGGUUCCUGGUGCACUAAUCACCGUGAUGCUUUACACAGUCCUGUUCAUCAUCUCAUCGACAGUGUUGUACCUUUACUUUCUAAGGCUACAUAGUGAGGGGUGGCUUUUGGAUGUAUUUCGACGCAUUCAUGGUGAAGAAGGUACAUUCUUCGUUCCGCUGGACUUAGAGAUUUCCAUUCAGGAGCUGAGCUACAUUAUGAAAAGAGCUGAGCAGUGGAGAGGAAUCAAUGGUGAAAGACGGAUGGUGGCAGUGUAUGAUUACAUCUGGAAGGACCAUGGCAGCCACUCUGGUGUCUCCAGCUGUGACCUCCAGCCCCAGGAUGUGAUCUGCGACUCAAGAGGUACCACUGUUCACGUGUCGGUGUUCACUGUGCACCUCAGCGGCUUCCAACAGCUCUACAGACACUUCCUCCGGCUGCCUGAUGGGGCUAUUGUUGAGGCAUUUGGUGAUAUUCCUGGAGUAAGUCUUUUGGGUAAUGAAGUGAGCACAGCCCAGGAGCACGUAAGCGAAACGGACAGUGUGCUGCAUACAUCUUCACACAUCGAGCUGAGGGAGAGGAAAAAGAGUACAGCUAAAGGAAAUCCUGUUACUCCUGACAAGAGAUAAUUCCUGGAAGACUGUAUAGUCCACUGAGUUGUGUACAGCCUCAUUCACAUCCAUGUUACAAUUACUGUCUGACAGGAUUUACAGUUCUGAUGUCCAUACAUCUCUGCAUACAGCAUUAUCCUGCAAAUGCAUGGUUCGCUGCUCUUCUACGGCUUCAACAAACAUUUCAGUGUGAGGAGCUCACUGGAGCAGAUCACAGAUCUGAUAUAUGAUAUAUAAUUAUCACAUGUGAGUUUUUUCCUUCCAAAUAGUGGGACCUUCCCAGAUUUCUCAGGUUUUCUUGUACCUGCCUUCCCCUCUAGUGUUGGGGAAAGUAUUGCUGAUUUGUCCUUCAUUUCAUGAAUCAAAUGGGCAGUGUUUUCAGUAACAGUUCAAAGCACAAGUAAUUGCAAGGAUGCAAAGAUACCCAGAAAAGGAACAAUGAUGGCUUCAUGCCAUGAAAAACCACCGGUUCUGAAGCCAAGACCUGAAAGGCUGCAAAAUUUACAUGAUCCCAGAGGAGAUUAGCUUGCUAGGGUCUUAAUGUUGGUCAAACCUACUUCUCUGGGAGCUACAGCAUCUGAAAGCAACCUGGAGAUUAUCCUUAUGCUUUCUUACUAGUACUAAAGUAUAGCUCAUUAGUUUGAACCAGUUAGUGCCUAGUCUUUUUGGCUUCAUACAAAUGCAUAAGAAAUGAAGUCCAUGCCCCAAAGGCAAGGAUGUGUAAGACAGCAGAAGGAGAAGGUGGGAAGGCGAACAGAAGUAAGAAAAGUGAAUUCCUUCUUCCAAGGUCACGAAAGUCAGCAGCAAAUGCAGAAAUAGAGGGCAGGCUGCUAGUGCCCUGACUCUUGGUCUUUUCUGUGCUAGAAUCAUUUUUGUCCUGGAAAUGCAGACAGAAAAGGGAAGAAUCUCAUCUUCCUGCAGUUCUGAAUCAUUCACGUAGAACACUUAUUCGAUUAACAGAAUAUCGGUGACAUUUUUCUAAAAAGUAUGCUUUUCUGAUCUCCCUUUGUUCAUACUGGUAUGUUAAAACUUGCCUCUGUAAGAUCUUUCCUGAUGUCUUGAAAAUUGUUGAUUAAUUUUGAUAUGUAAACCUAUGAUUUAUGUCCUCCCAAAUUAUCAUUAAAUUACACUACAUAGCAACCUGGAAAUUUAAAUGUCAAUCCUGAAAACAGUUUAUUGUUGGGUUUGAAAUAUGAUGAUAUAGUUUCCAUUUUUUUCUUCUAAUUGAUUUGUGUGCAUAAGUGUGUGUUUGUAUGUGUAACAUCAGGACAGGAAUGGUGUUCAAAAUCUUCUGAUUAUCUAUAAGCAGUGAUGUAAUUUUGGUGAUUUCUCUUGCAUCAGAUAUCACUUGGAUAGCUACUCUCUGUCAUUGCAGGAAUAAAAUUGUCUUCUUAAUUUUUGCCUUGCCUUUUGACAUCUUAAACCGUCAUAUAUAAUUUAGAAAAAGAAGCUAACUGAAGAGAAGCUGUCCAAUCCCAGAAUUUUUCUGUGGAAUCUUUCUACCUGAGUGGAGUUACACUAUUCACCAAUUGCCCUGGCAUCUGACAAGUGACACAACCAAUCUGGCAGAGGUCACUAGGAUUGCUUGUGUACAUGGCUGUUCUCUGCUAUGAGCUGACCUCCUUCUUUAUGACCUCCUGCUGCUUAUGGGGAAUGGUACCAAGUAGAUAAACUACUGUAGGCAGCAUUGUACUUUGCCCAUCUUCUUGGCCUUAGUUUUGUAUUUGAAUGUGACUGAAUGUAAUAAUAAAAAUCCCUUUGGGCAUAAGUAUAUCCUCAGAUGCCCACACUGAAUUAAGAUAUUCCAGUUUGGAUCUGUAAGAUUUUUACUUCAUAAUAGGUAUUAUGCCAGUGUAUCUAAAGGGUAGGAGUCAAAUGGCUGGGAUCAGGCUCUUUUUGUUGGUGUGUGGUGAUAGAACAGGGGGCACCGGGCACAAACUGGAACAAAGGAAGUUCCACAUGAACAUGAGAAAGAAUUUCUUUACUGCGAGGGUGACAGAGCACUGGAACAGGCUGCCUGGAGAGGUUGUGAAGUCUCCUUCUUUGGAGAUAUUCAAAACCCACCUGGAUGCUUUCCUGUGCAACCUGCUGUAGGGAACCUGCUUUAGCUGGGGAUUGAACUGGAUAAUCUCUCUUCCAGCCCCUACAGUUAUGCCAUUCUUCACUUUCUGAUUUAGUCUGGUAGAAAGACUGACUAUACCUGUGGAGGCAGAUCACCACACCUUCAGUUCCAAUAGCACUGUUUAUUUUUUUAACAAAUGUGGAUCUGGACCCAAGUCCCUAUUCAGCCUGAAGGAUUUGGUCGACCAUUUUUAUCCCUUCAGGUAUGUUGCCAUGUUUCCACUGACUUUAAUCUGAUCUGGAAUGCAUAAUUCUGCAACAGUACCUAUUCUUGAAAGAUAAAUUUAAAGUAGGCUUAAAUAUUAUGUAAUUUUUUUUCUCUGAAAAUGUAGCAUCCUACCUAUUAAUUUUGAUUACUCACAUUCAGUGUGUUCUCAUGGUUGUUGAUCAGUAUAUAUUUGGUGAUAUUUGGCUUUGAAAUUGUUUUCUAAAGUGCUCUUACCAGCAACAUCAUCCAUAACGCUCAUUUAUAGUUGGAUAGUAAUUACCUGCCUAUGCAGUGUUCCUUUACAACAAUUUCCUCCCGUGUAGCUAUAUAUAUGUAGUCAUUACUGAAAAGUGUAAAUAAAGAAUCCUUUUAGUGGUGUAGUUUCCCUAGGUACCUACUGUGCUCUUAUUAUCUAAAACAUACUCCCCAUCUGUAGUUCUGUUCUAUUAAAGGAUAAAGACAUAAGUAUGAAUUAAAAAUUAAAAUGCUUGUUGUAGAUUGGAGAGCAAGGUCUAUUAGAAUAUAUCUGGUGCUAGGCUCACAGUGCAAUAGAUAGAUUACACUAAGCACCAGUUAAGCAAGGGGAUGAAAAAUGAGUGAUUUUCAUCAUUCAGUUAAAUAUAGUGCUAAGUGGUAUGUGCUAGCAUUAAAAGCAAAUUACUUAGCACUUCACCAAUCACAGCAUGAGAGCAUUCCAUUGGAAGCAGUAUUUCCAGUGAUGCUCAGUCCUCAGUUUUAUUAAAUAAAUCAGCUGUUAAUGCUUAAGGAAGCAGUUGAAGAUGUAUUGCUAUGAUAAUAAAAGGAUUGGAAAUGUAAAAAUAAAGAGAAGCAGUACCUCAUUUUAAUUAAAUGUCCUAUGGAAACCUGCCUCUCUCUUAACAACAGAAGCCCAAAUUGCUUGUAGGUCUGUAAUAUUUACAUCUCCUGUUCCUUGUUCAGGUCUGUCUUUCUUACUAAUGAAUACGACCUUUCCUUUUUUUUCUCUAUAAUGACAUCUUUUUUUCUCAUAAAUCUGCCACCAUGUCACCGAACACUUUGAUGAGCUUUUCUGAUCCCCUCUUAUAUCUCCUUGAUAGGAUAUUAUUAACCAGGAAUCUGGAGAUGAGGAGCCUGAUCUUCAGCACAGGUACUUUAUGGCCUCUCAGUUAAAGACAAUAGAGAUCUGAGAAUUACUCUGUCAGAGGUGUUGGCAUGGAGGGCGACCUCUAUAUCACACAGCAUUAUUAUUUCCUCCUCAGCUAUGGGCAUUAUGAGGUACUUGGUAGCUGUGGGGAAUUAGCUCUUGCAAAGCAUCUGCUGCCAGAACAUGUAGAAGCUGUCAACAAUCACAAACAUUUCCAAGUUCUAGAUCAUCCCUAAGCCUCAAUCUGCUUCCAAUCGGUUGGACUCACAUGGCAGAAGACACACAGCGAAGGUCCUGGGGACAGCACAAGCAGGAGCUGAGCCAGGGUCUGACCCACAGUUCUUACAGAGUCACUGUAAAAAGGACAAUUUGGUCAAGAGAAGAAGGAUAAAGAAAGAUAUGGGGCAAUCAGCUUAAAUUAUUAUUAUUAUUAUUAUUAUUAUUUUAUUUUAUUUUAUUUUAUUUUAUUUUAUUUUAUUUUAUUUUAUUUUAUUUUAUUUUGGAGAGAGAGCCAUAGCCAAGGGAUAAGCUAGAUACAGUUUACCUAUUCUUAAUAUAAAUGUUAGCUGGAGAUGUGCUGUGUUUUCUUCAGGCCCUACAUUUCUGGAGUUCUCAGGUCUAGCUGAAAGUAUCUUUUCCAUUUGUGCAUAACUUUAUUAAAAUCAAUGAAACCCUAUACAGCAGAAUUUUUUCCACUAACAAUGUAGGAGAAAGAUGUUGGGCUUGGAAGAAAUAUUUUGUCUUCACAUAUUUCAAAAUGUUUCCUUGUGAAAAAAAGAUCAAUAUUUUACAACAUACGUUCUAAAAUAAGGCACUUAAAGAACACUUCCUUCCAUUGAUGCUGCAGAUUUUCAUACUCAUUCAUCUAUUUUCUUUUACUUAGGUAUGCACUCAGAAGUUUGUUUUCCUUGUUUUACAAGAUAUUUAUUCAAAGUACCUUUUAAUGUUCAAACCUUAAAGCAACACAAUUUCUCCUUGGUACCAAUAAAACCUUUCCUUAUAAAAAUGUUAAAGUAUGUAAUAUUUAACCUAGUUUUCAAAAUACAGAAUUCCUCUUCUCAUUUUCUUGGCUGACAUGUAUAAGUACUGAUGCAUCUUUUCUGGGUAUGCCAAUCCUGUCAUAUACACUAAUAUGAAAUAAUGACGCAAGGUUGACUUAACUAAACAUAAUAGGGCAUAUUUCUGUGACAUCCUGUACGGAAAGUACAUGCAUGGAUCUUGCUAAUUGUUAAUGAAAUUGGUAAAGUUCUUCAUCUGUACUAAGACAUACAUUUGUAAUAGCUUUGUACUCUAAAAGUACAGAGUCCUUAUGUAAUAAAAUAAUAAAAUAAAUAAAAAAAAAGAAAUGACCUCUAAACAGCAUUGUUUCAUAUUAAUUUUUGAAUUCUACCAUGCAAUGGAAAAUACAACAACAUUGAAUUUGGAGCAAUAAACAGUUAUCGUUGCAUCUAAA